AUGAGCGACAACCCAUGUCACAUUGACUACGUCUCUCAGCCUCGGCAUCUUCAAUCAUGGGAGGAGGAUUCCCAAUACGCACCUACCCCGGGAUAUUUUCGAAGCCCUCUUGCAACGCCAUCUGCCUGUAGUCCCUCCCCAUCUAUCCUGCUCGACGAUGAACCUAAUUCAGCAAGCCGAUCUCAACAAAGCACUUUACCACUGCUCCAGGAAUCUGAAUGGGAGCAAAACAAAAUCUAUAACGAGGAUUCCCCAACCUGUAUCCACUACUUUAUAGAAUGGCGGGUCACUCUCAACAAUAAGGCCGUGGUGAAGGACACUGAAGAAGACCUGGUACUGGCCCCAAGCGCCUACUGGCGGUUGUUCCUAGAGCAGAAGCUACAGGCUGUCCUUCAAGAGAAAGUCUCGCGUAAAAGAAGAGUCAGGGUCGAUGACACUGCGAUCGUGGUAUCUGUUGAUCAUCGGUCCCAGCGUGAUCUCACCAAGCGGUUCAAUAAGACCGACAUUGUCUGGACGCCGAUUGAGAACCAACUCCGGAUGUGGUCCAAUCACUUCUCUCGUGGUCGAAGACUGACGUUGAGGGUGUCUUUUAACUAUAUAGACGAUUGUACAUUUUCACCCACCGGUCGGAAAGGGGAAAAGAGAGGCAAAUCAUCCGUCACAAAAAGAAUGCUCAACGAUCGAGACGCACAGCUGGAUGCCGAAGAACAUGCAUGUGGACAGCAAGCAAUUUGGCGCCACGUCUAUGAUUUGAUGAAAUGCGAUUCGGCUGCGUGCCACCUAGGCCCGUAUUGCUGGCUGGAUCCGGUGGGGAAAAAGCAUUAUCGACUCCGCACACAAACUCUUAAGCGAUUGGUCACCUACGCCGAGAAAGGCGGUGUACUGAAUACGCAUAAAGAUGUUCCUGAUGAAAUCCGAGAUGAACUCUAUAUGGAGGAGCAACAGCGGCUGGAGAAAGACAAGCGUAAAACCGGUAACCAUUCCGGCGGCGGCACGCCAUACCCACCUAUCAACAUCAAUGUUCACUCGUUCCACCCUUCCGGAUUGGAGGUGACAGCAUCUAAUGCAGACGAUAAUAUGAUUGGCUCAACUGGCAAACGUCCACUGAAGAUUCCCGGAUUCAGAGAUGAAGCUGUCAAAGAAUAUGGUGAGUGGCUCGCAUCAACUGUGUCGGAUGUCACUCUCAAAGCAGCAUUCCGGCAAGCGUGUGAUGUAACCCUGUCAGAUGGCUUCGACCUUGAGCACAUAUACAAGGAUCAAAACCCAGGAUUUUUCGUCGAUAAGGGCGUCAAGCCGGGAACAGCUCGAAUCUUCGUAGAGAAUAUUCGUGACUGGGCUGAAAGCGUGAAGAAGGCGAUGCCCGUCCUUGAAGUGAUAUAG